AUGGGUGUGCCAAAGUUCUACCGUUGGAUCAGCGAACGCUACCCCAAAAUCAAUGACAUUGUCUCGGACUCGGCGCUUUUGCCAGAGUUUGAUCAUCUUUACUUGGAUAUGAAUGGAAUCAUUCAUGGGUGUACGCAUCCUUCUGAUAGAGACAUUUCAGAUGUCAUUAGUGAAAGGGAUAUGAUGUUAGGAAUCAUGCAUUACUUGGAUCGCAUCAUUACGCAAAUCGUAAAGCCUAAAGUGUCCGUCUACAUGGCCAUUGACGGGGUGGCUCCAAGAGCCAAACUCAAUCAACAACGGUCAAGGAGGUUCCGUUCUGCCAAAGACAUGCAUGAAGCUACCAAAGACUUGCCCAGAGAUGAAAAUGACCAAAAGAAGGAAGUUUUCGAUUCCAAUUGUAUCACUCCCGGAACAGAAUUCCUUGCAUCUGUAUCGGAAUGCAUCAAAUACUUUAUUCGCAAAAAAAUCAAAGAAGAUCCGCUCUGGCACAAUCUAAAGGUCGUCUUUUCUGGACACGACGUCCCCGGAGAAGGAGAGCACAAGAUUAUGCAACACAUUCGGGACAUGAAGGCACAGCCUCACUACCAGCCCAAUACGCGACAUUGCAUCUAUGGUCAGGAUGCCGACUUGAUCAUGUUGGGAUUGGUCACGCACGAACCACAUUUUACCAUUCUACGAGAAGUCGUCGACUUUAACUUUGCACGAAACAAAGCCAAUGCACUCAAGGCCGUCAAAAAGUUUACCAAAGAAUCCGACUUUCAGCUCUUGCAUUUGUCCGUCUUGCGAGAGUACCUGCGAAUGGAGUUUUGUCAUCAAGCCCCCGCGGUGGAUCUGGAACAUGCUGUGGAUGAUUUUGUCUUUAUGACAUUUCUCGUGGGAAACGAUUUCUUGCCCCACAUGCCGGCACUGGAUAUUGGUGAUGGAGCUUUUGAUCUAUUGUUCAACAUUUACAAAGACCAACGAACCUCAUGGGGUGACGGGCAGUAUUUGACAGAAGCGGGCAGUAUCAGUGACCCGGCGCGUCUGGAACGGUUCAUUGCGGCCAUUGGAGCGGAAGAAACAGCCAUUCUCGAGAAACGAGAAGAAGGUGACGCCGAGUUUGUCAAGAAGAAGAGACAGUGGGAUCGCAGGGAUGGGAGACCCCAGGGACCGACAGACGAAGAACUUGCCAUGAAAGAGGCCGAGAAGCAAGGAGACUACCAAUCCAUGAUUGAUGCCAUGAUGGCAACCAAAGGCGACGCAACAUUUGUGGACGGUUGGACUCCGCCUCGUCCAGGCCAGAAGGAUUUCAAGGGCCGAUACUACUACGAAAAAAUGAAAAUGAAGCCAAUCGAUAUUCAGGAACACAUGGCGCUCCGACAGUCUUACAUGGAGGGAUUGGUUUGGUGCCUCGCUUAUUACUACAGGGGGUGCAUCUCUUGGGGGUGGUUUUAUCCCUACCACUACGGUCCCAUGUUAAGUGACUUGAGAAGUCUACCCGAGAUCUUCUCAAAGAUUAACUUUGAGCUGGGAAUGCCGUUGACUCCUUUUCAGCAGCUCAUGGGUUGCCUUCCACCAGGUUCUUGUACCUUGGUGCCGCCUUUGUAUCGCAAGCUGAUGAUGGAGGCGACGUCACCCAUCAUACAGUUUUAUCCUGCUGAUUUUCAAGUGGAUAUGAACGGGAAAAGAAAUCCAUGGGAAGGCGUCAAUCUACUACCUUUUAUUGAAGUAAAUCUGUUGAAGUCAACAAUCGCAGAGCAAUGCCCUGAUGAACAGCUUUCGCCCAUUGAGCGCAAGCGAAACAGUCUUGGGCAUAACUACUGUUACACUUACGACCUGACAUGCACCGACACCGUUCCGUCCGCCAAUCCUCAGAUCGGACUUCCGGACAUCGUGCAAUGUAACUCCACCGUCAGCACCUUCGUCGAACCACUUGAGAGCUCUACCACAUUCAUGCCAAAGCUUUUGCCAGGAACACAAAUUCCAUUCCCUGGGUUCCCCUCGUUGAACGUGCUUCCAAUCGCGUCAUACGAACUCAUCGAAAUCAAACUGAAUUGCUUUGGAAGUGGAUCAAAGUACCCCACCAUGCUGAUUAAGUUGCACGACAUGCCCCAAUUGCCUCCUCUCGAAACCCUAGCUCCAAAUGUUUUGGGUAAAUCGGUCUUUGUGAAUUGGCCCAUGAUGCAUGAAGCAAAGGUGGUCGCCAUAUCCAACGCUACGGGGGAAAUUCGAGUGGGCAAACAGCAACCCAAGACUAGGGUAUUCAACAAGGUCGAAGCAGACCGGUGGGCAAGUGAUUCACAAAUCAUGUUCGAACGAUAUUUCAUAGGAAACGGCAUUCCUGGAGCCGGCGGUGUCCAAGUCGGCCCUAUCAAUCUACGCCUGAAGGUCCUUCCACUGCAAGGAAUGAAAACCAACCUAACAAAUGGAGCGACCAAGAAGCUGUUUGGCACUACUGAAGCCGACAUUCCGAUGCAGCUGGCGCUGUGGCAGGCACCAGCCCCUGAUCCUCGCUUCAUCGAAAGGGGGCCAAUGACGCUGAACGAUAGAUUUGCCGUCAAUAGCAAGGUGGUCUUGACCAAGGGGAAGCAUCGAGGGUGCAGCGGCGUUGUUGUAGGAAUUGUGGAUAAGAAAACUGUCGGGGUGAAGGUUCAGAUAAUCCCUCCUGAACUCCCGUUCGGUCUGGCCAUCGCGCAGUCUGUCCAGGAAUCGAACAUUUCAUCGGUCGACGCCUCAAGAAUUCUAAAACUUCACCCAGGUCUCUUUGGCAAGAUCACCGGAAGCUUGUUGUUCGAACCCGGCCGAUACGAUCUUGGUCUGAAUUUGAAAUCUGCGGAUGGGAUGUGUGUGGUUGGUUACACGCGAAAAAAGCCAGGAAAGACUAACGGAAGGGGAACCAACGCUUGGGUAGCAGGAGAUUCCGUGCUUGUGGUCGGAAGCGAAGCAGCCGAGAGCGGUAGCGAAGAGCAGGAACGAGUCAUUUGGGAAUACACGCCAAAGGCUGUCCGCCUCGUCAAUGCAUAUCGACAAAAGUUCCCCCAGUUGUUCAACGCCAUUUCGAAGCUGCCAAACGAAAGGAAAUACGAUGCAACAACUACGUUUGGUCCGAACGGGGAAGCGUGGCUGCCGGUGAUCAGAGAAUGGCUGAACAACAUCGAAACAGCCAAGAUGCCGAGAACACCCGUUUCUACGGAUUCUAUGUCACCUGAAGCAAUUGCCGCGGUCGAAAGGGCUGCGGAAGUGAGGACACUGGCGCUGAAGAAACGUGGUUACCCACACGAAGUCAUGUUGAAGGUUCCAGGCAGUGCUCUGUACCGAGAAGGAAUGAUCGGUCCAACUGACGUUUUGCAAGCCAGCGACUUCAACAAGAACGAAGCCCCAGAGCUUGGCGACCGAAUUGUGAACUUCUGUGCAAUGGGCAUUCCGUUUGGCGCAAGAGGAUCAGUUGUUGGAAUCCACGAGGCUGCUACAACUGGUUGUGUCGAAGUUGUCAUGGACGAAGAGUUUAUUGGCGGGACCACGCUUCAAGGAUCGUGCUCAAAUUUUCGAGGCAAGCUGUGCGUGUGGGCGCAUCUAUUGAAGGUCACGCCCGAAAAUAGCAAAGCGUUGGUCAACAAACUUGUUCCAAAGCAAGCUGGGGCAAGUGGGUACGAGAAAAUUAUCGCGAGCGUCGAGAAAGAUUCUCUAGGUGGAAAGGGUGCAGCACCCGCUGCAGCGUGGAAGCCGCAAAAUGGGAGCCCGGUGCCUCAGCCGAAAGCUAACAAUCAAACAGCACAACAAAACAACGAACCGGCACAAAACAAACCGAAAAAGAAGGGGGACGAACGAGCGUUGACUCCCCCAAAGAAAGCACAAGCAGCCAGAACCGAGGGGAUACAACAAAGGAACAAUCGUCCGGCAUCACGCCAAGCUGCGCGUGCUGGAUCCUCGGGAAGGGCCGACUCUGCGGGCCGUGGUAAGCAAGGGGGUUACAAGGAAGCUCGUGGCCCGAAUUCGAAAGGCGUUGGCUUCAAGGGCCCCGGGAAGCGUGGUCCUACGGCUGGACUUGCUAGGUGGACGAAGUUCGUGAGUACCAAUGGUCAGAAACAGCCCCAGAAGCAGGGUGCACAGGCAAACGGUGCUGCACCUGCGAAGACCGCCGGCGAAAAGACUCAAGAGUUGAAAGCUAUACUCGGAUUCAAUAUGUCUGCUCCAGCACCCGUUUCGGUUCCAACCGCCUCGGCAGCGACAGCUUCGACUGCGGCGGAUCUGAAAGCUUUGUUGGGUGUGGGAAAGCCUGCUGCUCCGUCUGCGGAAGGAAUCCCGUUGUCUCAGAUCCCCGACCCACCGAUGCCUCCACCAGAAAUGAUGGCGCCUCCAGCACCUGCUCCACAGCAACCGCCUCAGCCGCCACCAACUGCAUCGGCUGCUGACAAGCUUUUUGCCAUGAUGAAGGCAAAGCAACCUCAGAUGCAACCCGGACCAAUGUACCCAGCACCACCGCCGCCAUCAUCGUUCAAUUUCACCUACGUCGACGAAGAAGGGAAAGCCAACAUGCCCCCAGGCCAAGUGCCUCCGACCCACAGGCAUCCACAGAUGAUGCACUACAAUACUGUUCCUAUGCACAAUCAAGUUCCUAUGCAUCCAUUCCCGGGUAACAGCUACAACUACGGAUACCCUGUUCCGCCACCUGUUCACAUGAUGCCACCGCCUCCUCCACAGAUGCAUUCACCACCCUCCAAUCCGCCAGCAAUGACAGGACCCUCGGAAGUGGAUUUCCCCCCUCUGGGUGCUCCUGCUGCAACGGCCAAAGCCGGAAAGCCAGCAGUGGAGACGACUGCUGCACCUGCGCCAUCAACCAUGGUUCCAGCAGUGAUUGCCUCCAAGUCCAAAAAAUAG